AUGGCCCUCAAGCUCGGAAAAUGCAGGCUUUGCCUCAAACUCGGCGACUUCUAUUCCAUCUUUACAGUGGACAACAAUCUGCAACUCGCUGAGAUGGUGAUGGAAUGCGCUCGAGUUAAGGUACAUGAAGGGGACGGACUACCUGAUAAAAUUUGCUCAGAGUGCAUACAGAAACUCAGCAGUGCUCAUAUUUUUAAAUUGCAGUGUGAAAGAUCGGAUCAGGAGCUUCGGCGCAACUACAUACCGCCACCUGGUUUCAGCAACACACCUUCACCGCCCAACAGACAGAGCAGCGACUCCGCCUUCUCAAACAACACUGAUGUAUCCGGCAACAACAAACCCGCACUAGAGGCCAAGGUCACCGUCGACAGCCGCACCCGCAAACGCAGCCGGGAAAGCGUCGACAAUGCCUCAUCCAGCAGCCAGUCGCACGACUUCCGGCCGGGCACCACCAAGCGGCUCGCGGAGCUGAGGUCCUCCGAGAAAAGACCAAGGAGGUCCCUCAACUCGUGCUACGUCGACUCCGACUACGACGACCACAGCGGCUCCCACCUCUCCAUCGAGACCGACUCCGACGAGCCACUGAGGGGCGAGUUCAAGUGCCAAAUAUGCGACAAGGCGUUCCACUCGAAGAAGAGCGUCGCCGCGCACACCAAGGUGCACUCCAGAAGGUCGUUGAAGGACGCCGCCGAGAGCGCCCCAGUGCCGGCGGCCGAGCCCGAGACGACGGUGGACGCGUUGGACGCCGAAGACAAACUGACCUGCGAGCGAUGCGAUAGGACCUUCAAACUGAAGAUUAUGCUCAAACGUCACAUGGAGACCUGCCAAGUGACCCCGCCCAAGUCCGGCAUAAAGGAGCUACUGGUCACCUUGCAACCGAUCGACGCGGAGACCGCACUGCCGAAGCGGUUGAACUGCGAAAUGUGCACGUCCAACUUCAAGAACAUUGAGAACCUGGAGAAGCACAUGAGGGUAGUGCACGCGGCGGUGUUGAAGCGGAACAGCUCCGCCGGCCCGGACAACGGCAAGGUCGCCGUCCCCUGCUACUACUGCGGACAGCGCUUCGACGACUACUACCGCCAUGGCGCUCAUUUCGAGAGCUGCAGCAAGAAGGACCGACUCGGUAACAUGCACUUCGAGCCCCGGUGCAACAAGGGCGAGACCAGCUCCAGGGAGCCGUUCUUCGAGUGCCGCAUAUGCAGCAAGAAGUUGGCGACGCAGGACCAACUGAUCACCCACUUGGCCGCGCACAUGUCGAAUAUAGACGACGGCGACGUCGCCGAUGAGGGGGCGGGACAAGCGGACGACGACGUCUCCGUAUCCUCGAUCUACAGCAACGCGAACGUGCCCAGCGGCCCGCUGAAGUGCAGCAUGUGCGACAAGCGGUUCACGUACAAGAAGGCGCUAGUCAGCCACGAGCAGCGCCACCGCUCCGGCGAGCUGGAGGUGAAGACGGAACCGCCCGAGCUGAACAACUCCGAAACAUUGCUGAACGAGACCGACCGCCAGUCGGACACGGAUUCCAGCCAGGAGGACGGCGACGACAACACGUGCGACAUCUGCGAGAAGCAGUUCUCCUACAGGCGGCUGCUGCUGCACCACAAGCGCACCAAACACAACAUGAGCUCCGGCACAAAACGCGCGAAGAUCAACCUCAAGAGCUGCACGGUGCGCUGUCUGAUCUGCGACGUCGAGAUGAAGGUGAGCGCGAUCAACGAGCACAACCAGAAGCACACGUCGGUGAACGUGAAGCCGCGCAACCUGUACACGUGCGCCGAAUGUGACCAGCGCUUCAAGAGCUGCAGCGCCCUGGCGAACCACAUCAAGCUCGUGCACAGACUGAAGCAGCCGCAGGCGCCUAAGCUGGAGGGCGCCGACCUGGCGGAUUUUUGUGAGGUCGUUGUGACGAAGGCGGAACCCCUGGUCGCGGACCAGAGUCACAACGGCCCCGGGUCGGUUCCGCCGGAGAUGGGGGGCGGGCCGCUGGUCAACCUGGCCGGCUUCACCUGCCCCAUAUGCGGCAAGCAGAUGCCCACGCUCAUAUCGCUGAAGCGCCACGUCAACUGGCACUCCAACGUGGGCAACAGCAUGGAGAAGCAGUUGGAGUGCUUCGUCUGUAAGGAGACAUUCCGGUUCCAAUGCCACUACCGGCUGCACAUGCGCCAGCACUACAAGGACCCCAACCUGGAUCCGGCGCUACUGACAUGCAACAUCUGCAACCGUCGUAGCAAGCACCUGCGCGCCGCACAGGCCCACAUGAACUACCACAAGCAGACGCGUUUCAAGAACAAGGACUACCAGUGCUCCAUUUGCAAGCGGAUGUUCCAGUUCAGGAAGGUCUACCUGUCCCACAUGGCGAUUCACUUCAAACGCGGCGAGAGCGUAAACAACACGGUCGUCGGCAGCGUGCUCCCUAACACAGCCGACAAGACGGUGUUCGACGGAACCCACACCUGCCACCACUGCGGGAAGGUCUGCGACUCUGAGGUCUCCCUCAAACACCACAUCAUCUGGCAUAAAUCCAAGACCUCGCUCUUCGGCGCUCGCCACGAGUGCCACAUCUGUGGCGUCCAAUUCACCAACAAGAAACGGCACGAGCUCCACAUUAGGACCCACUACGAGGACGAAAACGGCCCGUACAAAUGCACGGUAUGCGGCAAGGGUUUCAUCGACGAAGACUACCACCGGCGGCACGUAAAGGGCCACAACUUCGACCACCAGUCGCACAAAACCCGGAUAGCGAAUCUCAGGAAGGACAAGGUGAAGUGCCCGAUUUGCGCCCGCUUCUACCCGGACCUGGCGAAGCUCAUACGCCACUUAAGGCGCACGCACCCCGAGAGCAAAAUGAUCAAAGCCGACCCGGACGCACCGGCCCAGAACUACUUUUCGUGCAAACUCUGCGCUAAGGUGUUCCUCGACGAGAGGCGACUGCAGCAUCACGAGGAGGCGCACCUAAGAAAGCCGGAGUUCUUCAAAUGCAAGUUCUGCGGCAAGAAAACCAUCUCUCUGAAGAACCACCGGAUCCACAUCAAGGCCCAUCUAACGCAGAAGUACAUUGAUGAGCCGCUGAAAUGCAUGCACUGCGACGAGACCUUCACGAGGGGGUACGACCUGCACUAUCACCUGCGGGAUGCCCACGACAUCACCGAGAGCUGGAUCGCAGAGCGGACAGAGAAGACGCUGAACGGCCCCCUGAAAGAGCUCCAGUGCUCCAUCUGUCUGAAAGUGUUGGCGAGCAAAGGCAACUUCGAGCGGCACAUAGACUACCACAACUCGCUGAGGUGCAACUACUGCUUCGAUUACUUCAGCUCGCUCCGGUUCCUGGAGGGGCACUUGGCGUUCAGCUGCGAGAAGAAAAAGCUGGUAGGCGACACCGAGAUCUACCCUAAGAAGGUGAAAUGCCACGUAUGCUACAAGGCUUUCCACCUGCAAGUGAAAUUGGACUGCCACUUGCGCACGCAGCACGGCGUCAAAGUCUGCAAGGAGGUGUCGGAGGGCAAGAAGGAGAUAGUUUGCGAUUACUGCUUCAAAGUAUUCGAGAACGAGUACGCUUUGAGCACGCAUAAGAUAUACCACCGCACCAUCGGCUACUACGGUUGCAUGUACUGCAACAGGAAAUUCAACACGAUAACGCUCUACAACAAGCACAAGAACCACCACUUGUCGCAGCACAACGUCGACAAUCCGACCAAGUGUGAGCACUGCGACGAGACCUUCGUCGCGUUCAGGGAGAUGAUUUACCACAUGAGGGACGUCCACGGCGACGACAAGGAGUGGAUAGUGCUGCCAAAGGAAUCCACCGAGGAGAAGUGCCACAUCUGCAACAAGGUCUUCUUCAACCUCCACAAGCAUCUCGCGUACCACGAGGAGAACCGUUGCAAGAAGUGCUCCGAGUACUUCUACUCCCAGCUGGACUACGACAACCACUUGUGCGCGAUAGAGAGCGACGAGGAGGUGGACGAGAGCAACGAGAGCGACCUGCGGCCCAGGUACGAGGAGUGCUCGUUCUGCUUCAAGCCCACCACCAAGAAGAACUCGCAGCGCAAACACGACCACAUACACCGCGUGUCUGGCUCGAUAUCGUGCCGCUUCUGCCCGCACAAGUUCAAGACGAUCGACGCGUUCAACAUACACGCGUUCUCGCACAGGAGCAGGAAGUACGACAAGAAGCCGAUAAAGUGCCGCCGCUGCGGCGAGAAAUUCGUCCGCUACGGGCCGUUCAUCAGGCACAUGAAGGCGGCCCACAAGUCCGCGCAGAAGAUGCACUACCGCACCAUGGUCAAGCCGGAGCGGUGCGCGGUCUGCGGCGGCGAGUUCCCCAACCUGCACAACCACUAUCGGGCGCACCUGCAGAACCAGUGCCAGUCGUGCCGCAAAUACUUCACGUCGUACAAGUCCUUCUCGAUGCACGAAUGCGACAGACCGGACUCCGACCCCUCCAAAGUGUUCACGUGCGACGAGGACCUGGGGCAGCUGAUCAACUCGUACGUGCCCAAAGACGAGAAAGACGACGAAAAGUUCUACGGGCACAGCGACGACGAGGAGGAGGCGGCGGGGCCAGGGUACGCGACUCAGGACGAGGAGAGCCAGAACUCGUCGGACGCCAACCUCCACAUGAUGGUCCACACGCCCAUAAUAUCGGACGUGCUCUCCCUAUACGAGGCGAAGGACGAAAAACGGACAAUGAUCCCGAACAAAGUGAUCAACUUGACGGACGACGAAGAGAUCCUGACCGUUAUAACAAUAGACGAU